UAUGGAACAUCUGCCAGAGGAGGUAGUUGGGGCUGGGACUAUCCCAACGUUUAAUAAACAUAGACAGGUACAUGGAUAGGACCAGUUUGGAGAGAUAUGGACCAAAUGCAGGCAGGUGGGACUAGUGUAGCUGGGACAUGUUGGCCGGUGUGGGCAUGUUGGGCGGAAGGCUUGUUUCUACACUGUAUCACUGUCGGACUGUAAGACUCUAACCCAAUCUGCAGCUGCCGCAAGGUGCGGCAAUGUCAGAAGUCUACACGGGCAGCACAGCGGGUAGAGCCGCUGCUUCACUGCGCCAGAGACCCAGGUUCAAUCCUGACCUCAGAUGCCGUCUGUGUAGAGUUUGUCCGUUCUCCCUGUGACCACGUAGGUUUCCUCCUGGUGCUCCGGUUUCAUCCCACAUCCCAAAUACGUGUGGGUUUGUGGGUUAAUUAGCCCUCGGUAAAUUGUCCUCUCGUGUGUGUGGGAGUGGAUGAGAACAUGGGAUAACAUAGAGCUGGUGGGUGAAUUGUCGGCAUGGACUCGAUGGGCCAAAGGGCCUGUUUCCAUGCUGUAUCUCCCUCUACUGCCUCUUCUCCCUGUCCCCCACCUGGACUUGCACCACAGCUCCCCACCACCCCCUCCCACCUGUAUUCUUUCCUCUGGCAACACGGUCAGCCCAGGCACUCACCAGGAAUAUUCAAUAUUCAGGAGGGAUAGACAGAAAGGAAAAGGAGAUGGAGUUGCGUUGCUGGUUAGAGAGGAGAUUAACGCAAUAGAAAGGAAGGACAUUAGCUUGGAGGAUGUGGAAUCGAUAUGGGUAGAGCUGCGAAACACUAAGGGGCAGAAAACGCUAGUGGGAGUUGUGUACAGGCCACCUAACAAUAGUAGUGGUGUUGGGGAUGGCAUCAAACAGGAAAUUAGAAAUGCGUGCGACAAAGACAAAACAGUUAUAAUGGGUGACUUCAAUCUACAUAUAGAUUUGGUGAAUUAAAUUGGCAGGUGUGCUGAGGAAGAGGAUUUCUUGGAAUGUAUGCGGGAUAGUUUUCUAAACCAACAUGUAGAGGAACCAACGAGAGAGCAGGCUAUUCUAGACUGGGCAUUGAGUAAUGAGGAAGGGUUAGUUAGCAGUCUUGUGUGUGACCCCUUGGGCAACAGUGACCAUAAUAUGGUUGAGUUCUUUAUUAGGAUGGAGAGUGACAUUGUUAAUUCAGAAACAAGGGUCCUGAACUUAAAGAAAGGCAACUUUGAGGGUAUGAGACGUGAAUUGGCCAAGAUUGCCUGGCAAUUGAUUCUUGAAGGGUUGACGGUGGAUAUGCAAUGGAAGGCAUUUAAAGACUGCAUGGAUGAACUACAACAAUUGUUCAUCCCAGUUUGGCAAAAGAAUAUAUCAAGGAAGGUAGUGCAUCCGUGGAUAACAAGGGAAAUCAGGGAUAGUAUCAAAACAAAAGAUGAAGCAUACAAAUUAGCCAGAAAAGCAGCCUACCAGAGGACUGGGAGAAAUUCAGUCCAGCAGAGGAGGACAAAGGGCUUAAUUAGGAAAGGGAAAAUAGAUUAUGAAAGAAAACUGGCAGGGACCAUAAAAACUGACUGCAAAAGUUCUUAUAAAUAUGUGAAGAGAAAAAGAUAUGUUAAAACAAAUGUAGGUCCCUUACAGUCAGAAACAGGUGAAUUGAGCAUGGGGGACAAGGACAUGGCAGACCAAUUGAAUAACUACUUUGGUUCUGUCUUCAUUAAGGAAGACAUAAAUAAUCUGCCGGAAAUAGCAGGGGAGAUGGAGCAACUGAGUGAAAUUCAGGAAGUAGCCCCAUAAAUAGUGGAUGCAUUAGUGAUAAUUUUUCAAAACUCUUUAGAUUCUGGAGUAGUUCCUGAGGAUUGGAGGGUAGCUAAUGUAACCCCACUUUUUAAAAAGGGAGGGAGAGUGAAAACGGGGAAUUACAGACCAGUUAGUCUAACAUCGGUAGUGGGGAAAAUGCUAGACAGUUAUUAAAGAUGGGAUAGCAGCACAUUUGGAAAGUGGUGAAAUCAUUGGACAAAGUCAGCAUGGAUUUAUGAAAGGUAAAUCAUGUCUGACGAAUCUAAUACAAUUUUUCGAGGAUGUAACUAGUAGAGUGGAUAAGGGAGAACCAGUGGAUCUGUUAUAUCUGGACUUUCAGAAGACUUUCGACAAGGUCCCACAUAAGAGAUUAGUAUGCAAACUUAAAGCACACGGUAUUAGGGGUUCAGUAUUGAUGUGGAUAGAGAACUGACAACUGAAGAGAAACAGUAGGAGUCCUUUUCAGAAUGGCACGCAGUGACUAGUGGGGUACCGCAAGGCUCAGUGCUGGGACCCCAGCUAUUUACAAUAUAUAUUAAUGAUUUGGAUGAGGGAAUUGAUUGCAACAUCUCCAAGUUUGCGGAUGACACGAAGCUGGGGGGCAGUGUUAGCUGUGAGGAGGAUGCUAGGAGGCUGCAAGGUGACGGAUAGGCUGGGUGAGUGGGCAAAUGCAUGGCAGAUGCAGUAUAAUGUGGAUAUAUGUGAGGUUAUCCACUUUGGUGGCAAAAACAGGAAAGUAGACUAUUAUAUGAAUGGUGGCCGAUUAGGAAAAGGGGAGAUGCAACGAGACCUAGGUGUCAUGGUACACCAGUCAUUGAAAGUAGGCAUGCAGGUGCAGCAGGCAGUGAAGAAAGCGAAUGGUAUGUUAGCAUUCAUAGCAAAAGGAUUUGAGUAUAAGAGCAGGGAGGUUCUACUGCAGUUGUACAGGGUCUGGGUGAGACCACACCUGGAGUGUUGCGUACAGUUUUGGUCUCCUAAUCUGAGGAAAGACAUUCUUGCCAUAGAGGGAGUACAGAGAAGGUUCACCAGACUGAUUCCUGAGAUGUCAGGACUUUCAUAUGAAGAAAGACUGGACAGACUCGGCUUGUACUCGCUGGAAUUUAGAAGAUUGAGGGAGGGAGGAUCUUAUAGAAACGUACAAAAUUGUUAAGGGGUUGGACAGGCUAGAUGCAGGAAGAUUGUUCCCGAUGUUGGGGAAGUCCAAAACAAGUGGUCACAGUUUAAGGAUAAGGGGGAAGGCUUUUAGGAUCGAGAUGAGAAAAACAUUUUUCACACAGAGAGUGGUGAAUCUCUGGAAUUCUCUGCCACAGAAGGUAGUUAAGGCCAGUUCAUUGGCUAUAUUUAAGAGGGAGUUAGAUGGGGCCCUUGUGGCGAAAGGUAUCAGGGGGUAUGGAGAGAAGGCAGGUACAGGAUACUGAGUUGGAUGAUCAGCCAUGAUCAUAUUGAAUGGGCUCGAAGGGCCGAAUGGCCUACUCCUGCACCUAUUUUGUGUUUCUAUGAGAUGAGAUGUGGUCACAGUGAUAUCAGCUGCCUUCUUGCGACAGCAUCUCCUGUUGACCCCUUCAGUGGUGAGGAGGUCAGUGUAGAUGCGUAAUGUUGGUUGGUACGGGCAGUUUGGGCCGAAGGGCCUGUUUCAGUGCUGUGUGACUCUCUGACCAGUACCUCCCUGAUUCUAAGCUCCAUCCCUACUGUAAUGAAGCUGCCUCCCCACCCACCACUAGAGGUGGUGCUAGACCACCUUGCCCACCGGCCAGUUACUGAGCUACUGUUGUGUGUGCUUCAUUGCAGGUGGCACUGAGGGCCACACGGAGCCUGGAGUCACACCGGUCCCUGGGAGAGAUGUCACGCAGCUCAGACACCCACAGUGCAGGCUCGCUGCGGGUUCUGGUGAGGGGCAGCUGGCAGAUGUUGUGGUGCCGGCUCGACGGGCCGCUGCUGCUGAUGUACGGGGCACCCAGAGGCAGCGGCGCGCUGCAACACUCCAUCGACCUGCGAGGCUGCACGCUGCGGGCACACACAUGCAGCCUGAGCAUCGCCCGUCAGGACAGGGAACUGGCAUUGCUGCAGGCCGUCUCGCUGGAGGAGAGGGGGCGCUGGCUGCGGCUGCUCUCGGCAGCGGGUGGAGCUGAUGCAGACCCCGACCCGGACCCGGACCCGGACCCGGACCAUGCCUACGAGGACCCGUCCCUUGCAACCGGAGCAUGGAAUGGUGCCGGCAAUGGACCCGUCAGUGGGUUGCUGCAGCGGAGAGUCACAACACCCAACGCCUACAUGGAUGACCCGUUUGGCCAAGUGUCCGUCCAGCCUACCCCAGGGGACGGAGACAGAGACAGAGACAGUGACAGAGACGGUGACGGCAGCCCUUCACCCCCACAGCAGAGGCUGGCUCUGCCCAACCAGCAGCUGGGAGACCAAGAAGGCACCAGAUUUGCGGAGAAUUACCAGCGCAACACCAACAGCAGCCAGGGGGCGAGGUACAACACCCUGCCCAGUGCCAGAUUUCUAACAUCUUGGGGUGAAUUGGAAAGGAAAGCACCUGAAGGUGAAAGGGCAGCUGCCCGGGACCAAUCCACACAGACAGACAAGAAAGACUUCAAAGCAGCGAUGGAUCCAUUGCCUGGUAAGUGGGGUGUUCACCAGGAACAUCGUCAAACAACAUUUAACACCAAGCUGGAAAGGGUGUGGAGAUUAUUGACCAGGAUGUUGCCAGGACUCGAUGGCCUGAGCUGUAGGAUGACUAUUAUCUAAAUGGCAGCCAAUUAGGAAAUGGGGAGAUGCAACGAGACCUGGGUGUCAUGGUACACCAGUCAUUGAAAGUAGGCAUGCAGGUGCAGCAGGCAGUGAAGAAAGCGAAUGGUAUGUUAGCAUUCAUAGUAAAAGGAUUUGAGUAUAGGAGCAGGGAGGUUCUACUGCAGUUGUACAGGGUCUUGGUGAGACCACACCUGGAGUAUUGCGUACAGUUUUGGUCUCCUAAUCUGAGGAAAUACAUUCUUGCCAUAGAGGGAGUACAGAGAA